CACGUGUCUUCCUAUCCUCAUUUUCAGGAGUCACUAGCAAAACUAAAAUAUAGUAAUUUCAUUUUUAUUGUAAAAAUGCAGUUUCCUAUUUCGUGACGGUUACUCCUCAUCUCCUUUCAAGUGCCUUGUAUCAACAAGAAUUUAUUUAUUUCCAUUUCUGCAAUUUUGUUAUAACUAGGAUUUGUUUGGAGAUACAGAAUCCUGCAGUGCAAUAAUGCAUGGGUACAAGUUCUACAAGAAGGCUUCCAAAGCCUUUCAUUCCUACCCUCCACUCUCUAGGCUUCUCCUUGCCUGCACUCUCAGUGGUGGCAGUGCUCUAGUGGCAUUUUCAGAUGGCAUAUCAUUCCAGAGAAGAGUGUAUGCUGAUGAGGGUAACCGUCAAUGCAAGAAAAAGAAGGUGGUGGUUCUGGGAACCGGCUGGGCUGCCACCAGUUUCUUGAAAACUUUGAAGAGCGAUAAUUUUGAGGUUCAAGUUGUAUCACCACGCAGUUACUUUGCAUUCACUCCUCUGUUACCCAGUGUCAGCAGUGGAACAGUUGAAGCUCGCAGCAUUGUUGAACCGAUUCGCAACAUUUUGAAAAGGCGGGGUUUUCAAGUAGAUUUCAAGGAAGCAGAAUGUCAUAAGAUUGAACCAGACAAAAAGAGAGUUAUUUGCAGAUCUACUCAAACAACAAACUUGGGACAGAAGGAAGAGUUUUCUAUAGAUUAUGAUAUCUUGAUUAUAGCAGUAGGAGCUCAAGUGAAUACAUUCAAUACCCCUGGAGUUUCAGAACAUGCUCAUUUUAUGAAGGAAAUAGGAGAUGCUCAGAAAGCCCGAAACACAGUGAUCGACUGUUUUGAGAGGGCAAGUCUUCCCAGAAUAAGUGACGAAGAGAGGGAGAGGAUCCUGCAUUUUGUAGUGGUUGGAGGAGGGCCAGUAGGCGUGGAGUAUGCUGCAGAGCUCCAUGAUCAUGUUGUCCAGGAUAUAUCUAAGCUUUAUCCUUCUAUUCAAGAUUAUGUGAAGAUCACUCUCCUUGAAGCAGGCGACCAUAUCUUAAACAUGUAUGACAAAAGAAUUACGAGCUUUGCUGAAAGUAAGUUUAAGAGAGACGGAAUUGAUGUGAAGACAGGGUCAACGGUUACUAUGGUGACUGACAAGGAAGUUUCUGCUAAAGAUAGAGCGGCCGGCACAUCUCUUUCUUUACCAUAUGGAAUUGUUGUCUGGCCCACAGGUAUUGGUAGCCGUCCUUUUGUACUGGACUUCAUGAAGCAAAUUGGUCAGGGUAAAAGGCGUCUUUUAGCGACAGAUGAAUGGCUGAGGGUGGAAGGAUUGGACAAUGUAUAUGCAUUGGGUGAUUGUGCUACUAUAAAUCAACGCAGAGUCAUGGAAGAUAUAUCAGCUAUCUUCAGUAAGGCAGAUAGGAACAACACUGGAAAAUUAAACAAGAGCGAAUUCAAAGAAGUUAUUGGAGAUAUCUGUGAGAGGUACCCACAAGUGGAGAUUCAUUUGAAAAAAAGCCAAAUGAAAGACAUUCUUACUUUACUUGAGAAAUCAUCAGAAGGAGAUGAUAAGCAAAUCGAUAUAGAAAAAUUUUAAAAAGCACUCUCAGAAGUUGAUUCUCAGAUGAAGAAUCUUCCUGCAACAGCUCAGGUAGCUUCCCAGCAGGGUAAGUACCUUGCAGAUUGUUUUAAUCGUAUGGAGAAGCGUGAAAAAUAUCCUGAAGGUCCUCUUAGAUUCAGGGGAACUGGCCGCCAUCGCUUUCAUCCCUUCAGGUACAGGCAUCUUGGGCAAUUUGCUCCAUUAGGAGGAGAACAAACUGCAGCCCAGCUUCCAGGAGAUUUAGUUUCAAUUGGUUAUAGCUCACAGUGGCUGUGGUUUGCAGUUAUAGCUGACUGGUUCAGACGAUAUGUAUUUGGAAGGGAUACCAGUCGAAUAUGAGGCGUCAGGCAUCUUUUCAAGUUUCAGCAGUAGUGUUUUUAUGUUGCCAAAGCAAAGUCUUGCACAUGUUUGUUUUGGAGCUAACUUUAGUGAAAUUUUCUCUUUUUGAUUGUAUCUUUUGUUCUGUAUAUUGGAUAAUGUUGGUUGCACAACAUUUUGUUGAAUCCUUUUACUUUCAUGUCUUUCCUCUUUUGAUGAAGGAAAAUAAUUGAAUCCAAGAAGU